GGACUUCACCGAACACUCCCGACAAAAUUUGUUAUUGUUGUGCAGGCAGGCGAAGGAGUCAGACGACUAAUUAGGCCAAAUUUGACCAAAAAUUAGUCGUUUCAUCUCCUGCUAUGUAUUUCUUUACAAUGCGGAGAUCCAAUAUAUGUGAAUCUUGUUCAUUUCAUUCAAAAACCCUCAUUGCAAGUCGGUCAAAUCGGUUUUAGAACCUUAGUCUUACAGCAGCUGACGGAACAAAAAGCCCGGAGUCGUUCAGACUUGAAGAUCGCAGACGAGGCGAGAUAAUGGACUUUAUGUUUGAUUGGGAAAAUGAGAACGAUAGGUUUUCUUUUGAAGAUAGCGAGCGAUUUGAGGAGGACUCGCUCUGUUCCUGGAUAAGUGAACCUGAGAGUCUUUGUAACAAUUGGAGAGGUUGGAAAAGACAAAAUGGUGGUGGGCAAGCGACCAAUAAUAAACAACAGGCUGGAGGUGUGUCUUCACUGGUGGAGUUGGCCUCAAAGGCAGUGGCAUGUCAUAUACCAUUCGAGGUCGUGGAACAUUUCCCACAACCCAUUCCUGAACAGUUGCAGCUCAGGAUUGCGUUUUGGAGUUUUCCAGAAAAUGAAGAGGACAUACGGUUGUAUUCCUGCCUGGCUAAUGGAAGUGCAGACGAGUUUCAGAAGGGGGAGCACCUGUACAAAACAAGAUCAGUAAAAGAAGUUCUGCAGAUUGGAUUCCAUUUAAGUGCAUCAGUAAUACCACCACAGGGUUUACAACAAGCAAAGGGGAAUUUCAAUGUCGCUGUAGUGUUCGAUCGUAGGAGGAUCUCGUCUUGUACUUGCACCUGUAACAGUCAGCCAUCUUGGUGUUCACAUGUUGUGGCUCUCUGUCUGUAUAGGAUUCACCAGGCACCAUCAGUGAAACUGAGAGCACCUGUAUCAGAAUCCCUGUCCAGACUACACAGAGAUCAACUUCAGAAAUUUGCACAGUAUCUUAUAAGUGAAUUACCACAGCAGAUUUUACCAACUGCCCAACGAUUGCUAGAUGAGCUGUUGUCUUCCCAGGAAAAUGCCAUGAAUUCUGUUUGUGGAGCCCCAGAUCCAACUGCAGGCCCUUCAGCCAAUGAACAAACUUCCUGGUGUUUGGAUGAAUCAGCUUUGCAUGAAAAUGUCAAGAAAACUUUGGUCAAAUUCUGUGUCCCAUCGCCUAUAGUCUUCAGUGAUGUUAACUAUUUGUCUGCUACGGCUCCUCCUGCUGCUGCUGAGUGGCAGAGUUUGUUACGCCCCCUUCGAGGUCGAGAACCAGAGGGAAUGUGGAACCUUUUGUCAAUUGUUCGGGAAAUGCUGCGACGAAAUGAUAGUAAUGCUGUACCACUAUUGGAAAUUAUAACUGAUGAGGUUCUGCAAUGUGAACAGAUUCUUGUAUGGUGGUUCACAACAAAAAUAACAAAUAACAACAAUAACAUUAUGGGGAGGGGGAAUGGAGGAUCUGGAUCGAAUGCCACACAGCAUGCUGCAUCCAGUCUGUGUGAUGAGAUAGUCACAUUGUGGAGACUAUCUGCUCUGAACCCUAAACUGUCGCCCAUUCAGAGAGAUGACCUAGCAGUCAAGUUUAGAGAAUGGCAUAUUUCCACCAUCGAAAAAGUAAAGAAAGCUAGAUCCUCCUCUGUGAAUGGAUCAUCCAACAGUGGAAUUAAGAAAAAUGAUAUGGAGAACUUCAUAGGAUUCAAGCCAAGCAUUGAAGCCUGUAAUUUAGAAUGGUCAGAUUAUCCUAUUCCUGGUGUCACUUACUCUGAAAAAGAAGGAUCUUGUUAUUUUAAAUACAGAUUCAACAAACACAGUGACAAGGAUGUAAAAAAACCAUCAAGAAUUCAAGCAAUGCCAGUUUGCUUAGGUACAAUCAUUAGUACAGAUAACAAAACUACAUUAGCACAAGCUCAGUGCAUGCUACAGGAUGCUCAGGAAUUCUCAUCAAACAUUAGGAGAAACAAUAACCUUGCUAGUCAAAGAGACUGUGUAAUGAACGAUGGUGCCAUUAGUUCAGGGUCAGAAGGCUUUUGUGAACCAGAGCGUACAAGUUCAAUAUUCAGGGGGGAUUCCGAUUCCGGAUCAGAAAUGAAAGAAGUGAACAGCAGGAGUAAUUCAUUAGAUGGUCCUGAUUUGCGAAACUAUGCCCCAGAACUGAUAUCCAGUAGUUUUGGACUUGAACGUUCUGACAAUGGUGUGUUUUCACACGGUGCAAGUAAUGCAGAUGAAGUGUUUGAAGGGGCGGAGGGAGGAGCAGAGGGAGGGGUGGAGGAAAUGAGUAUCGGGAUGUUUGGAAAUGAAGCUGGUGAACAACAAAUGAUUGAUGAAGUAAAUGCCCAGUCACAUAGAGCAGAAAACUUGGAUGUCCUUCAUGCAAUGGACGAAUAUCAGAUUUAUUAUUUCAACAACCCCAAAAUACCAGAACCUCCCAAGAAUAAAGCAGAUAAUUCAGAUGAACCAAACCUUUUUGCUGGUGUUAAAGAUCUCAAUUCCAUGCAAGAUAUUUUGUUUUCCCGAGCUGAGGCCCUCCAUGCGCACGGCCAUACCCGAGAUGCCUGUAGACUUGCUCAGAAAUUAGCGGAAGAACUGCUAAGUAAUCCACCCGAUCUGCUGGCUGAGACUGCUAAUCUUCCAUCACUCAAAGGAAAGAAAAAGAAAGCACUAACCAGCAUUAGUUUGUUGGCCAGUUCUACCCUGUGUAAAGCUGCCUUCCUAUGUAGUGUACUGGCAGAGGAGAUUGAGUGUCACCAUUUGGCAUUUAAAGUGGGAAUGUUUGGUCUAGAAAUGCCAAGACCCCCAGCUUCCAGCAAAGCACUUGAGGUAAAACUAGCUUAUCAGGAGUCAGAAAUUCUGAAUCUGUUGAAAAAGAUUCCACUUGGGCCAGCAGAGGUAGCUGUUUUACGCGAGAAAGCUGAGGAGUUGAGAGAUGGCACUUUCAAAACUCGCGGCGAUGCGCUUCUGCCUCUCACCUUGGCAACAUUCAUCUUUGAUUCUCUGUGCCUACCAGCUUUCCCAGUUGGCUGUUCCAGUAGCCGCCCUCCCAGUAGAUCUGUACAGAUUACUGUUAGAACCAGUGUGGAUGAAAAGCUUGGAUUUGACGGAGCAGUAGCAGCACUAGGUCUGAAGGCCAAUGUAUCGGAAGCUGAACACCCCCUGUUGUGUGAGAGCACCAGGAGACAGAGAGGAGAGUUGGCUAUUGCCAUAUUGGUGCAUUACAAGGAUGAUCCUAUUAAACUCAGCAAGAUCAUGGACAAGUUGUUGGAUAAGGAAGUCCAUCAGCUGUACAAAGCACCCAGCCUAGUGAAUUAUUUAGGAGUGAAAAACUCCUCUUCCAAUGUCACAAGCACGGCCAGUAGUAGUAUGAGCACCUCAUCCAACCCUCAGACCUCGGGAGCAGGCGCCGAUGCAGCAGGGACCUCAAAGACUAACAGAUCAGCCAAUGGCAGUGCUCAGCCUGUGGUCAGUGCACCGAGCGAUGUGAAUCCUGUACCCAACAGAGCCCCAGUAGGGGCAAGACCCAAAAUUACAUAUCCCCUCAGGUAUAACAGUGGAAAAGACACGGACAGUUCCGCGGUGGAGGAAGAGGAUGAAGUGAGAGCCCUGGAGGCCAAACUGAGGUGCAUGGCCCAGAAAAAGAAACCUUCACAAGGUAUGGCCAGUAUUGACAGUAGUGCCCCGGAAACAACAUCCAGUGACAAUUCCCCCACUCUGGUCAGAAGGACCUGGAGUAAGCAUCAGGGGCCAGGCAGUGACUGUGGCAGCAGUGCUGACAGCGACUCGCUAGGUUCCACCAGCUCAGGCGAGAAAGACCUGCGAGCCAAACUAAGGGACAAUGACAGCCCACCAGGAGUCCUGCCCACCCCGAUCAUCAGGUCACAACAGUUAUCUCUAGAAUCCAGAAGUAAUACACCAAAUGUGAAAAAUACCAGGUUCAAAGGUAAGAGCAGGAUGAUGCCAACAGUGCCUAACCAGCCAAGUGAAGCUAUAGCCCAUUUCAUGUUUGAGCUGUCCAAGACAGUGCUGGGCAAAGCCGGAGGGAACAGCUCCACUUCACUGUUUACACAGCCUACCAGUACCAACACAACCACUGGACCGCAUCGGAACCUGCAUCUGUGUGCAUUCCAGAUUGGUGUGUACGCCUUAGGUCUCAACAACUGUGUGUCUCCAAACUGGCUGUCCCGAACCUACUCCUCUCACGUGUCGUGGAUUACAGGUCAAGCCAUAGAUAUAGGAAGCAUUGCUAUCAAUAUUUUGAUUGACACAUGGGAAGGCCAUCUGACACCACCAGAGGUUGCUUCAUUGGCCGACAAAGCAUCAAGAGGGCGGGAUCCAGCCAUGGUGAGAGCAGCAGCAGACCUUGCACUGUCGUGCCUUCCACACGCUCAGGCUCUCAACCCUUCAGAAGUCCAGAGAGCCAUCUUCCAGUGUAAGGAACAGAGCAGGGACAUGUUAGAGAGAGCUUGUCUGGCUGUAGAAAGUGCAGCCAAAGGAGGCGGAGUUUAUCCCGAGGUCCUGUUUGAUGUGGCCAGGCAGUGGUUCGAAUUAUCUGAAGAGGCUGCCAAAUCCACAGAGGCUUCGAAUGUUUCUCACAAUCAUUCUCAUGCAGAUCUUGAUGGUGACAAUUCUAAUUCCUCCUCCUUGGUCACUGAGAGGCAAAGUCCACAGACGCUUCAAGUUCUUCCCAUGUCCUCAUCUUCAAAUCAUCAAGUAUCCAAUCAAGUCAUGUCCCAUGCUAAUCCCACCUUAUCAGCCCAACCUAUGGUUUUGUCCUACACAAUUCCACCUGCCAAUCACCACCAGCUACCUCAUCAAGCUCUGGUCCAGCAUAUAGGAUAUGUCCAGCAGCUUCCACCCUUUGGUCAACAGUUUACCCCACAACACAUCCCCAUCCAUGGUCAUAAUCUUCAUCCUUAUGUUACCUUCCCGUACCAAACUCAACCCCCAUUCAACAACCUUCAACUUCAAGGAACUCCCAAUGUCUAUUCUACAAAUGGCCCACAGUUCCGGCCCCUAGGUACGGCAGUUCAGGUGUUUCCUCCACAUUCACAUUGCCAGAUAAACCCCAUUCAGUGUCCCCCUUCCUCAUCAGCAGGGGGCACAACCCUCCAGCCGAUACAUCAGGCGGAGGCUUUGGUAGAAGUAUCAUCUAAUUCCCCAAGUCCACCCCAGCAGGGAUCAGCACAGGCACAUAACGGGCCCAUUCAUGUGGACAAUGAGAGACAGCUGAAUUAUCUCAUGGCCUCCUUCAGAGUUGGAAUGCUGGCUUUGGAGACCUUGUCCAGAAGAGUCCAUGAUGACAGACCACAGACGAAAUAUGCUCGUAAUCCACCGUAUGGGGAGGAUGUUAAAUGGCUUCUAGGGAUUGCUGUCAAAUUGGGAAUCAACUAUCUACAGCAGUUUUGUGCCAGUGCAGUGAAUGCUGUGGUGAGCCCCUUUGUGCUGUAUGAUAUAGCCAUUGAAGCAGCCCACGUUCUGGCCAGGAGUAAUCCUGCUGUUGUCCAAAACCACAUGAGAUCUAAUAUCCUCAACCCACUCAUCCAGAAAUGCCUCAAUAUGUUUAAUCAAUGCGCUCAUCAGAAAAUACAUCACAUAAACCAGUCCGAUUACGACGAUUUCAUCAGCACCAUCUGCAGUGCGAGGAAUGCCUUUUGCCUUACCCCAGGGGGAUUGGUCCAGUUUCAAGAACUUCUUCAGAGUCUGAGACGGUCAAAGUCCUGUCGUAAAGACCUAUGGACAAGGAUUCUACAUGCAUUAGCCACUGGAAAUGUUUGAUACCUACUAUGGAUAGUGGAAUGUGGCAAAGAAAUCGAAAUCAGGAAUUUAGCAUAGAUUUUUAUUAUUUUUGUGUCAAAAAGAAAAUGUUGAAAAAAUAUAUAUUUAUGAUUGUGAAUUCAUGUUUUAUGUGUUUUAUUAUUUACUGUGUCAAAGUCAUACUAUAUACUGACAAUAUUUUACUCUUGUUUGUUAAUGCUUGCAGUUUUUGUUUACAUGCAGAAUUUUGGUUGAGAAAGAGAAAGCAUUUUGUAUAUUAUUAAUUCUUGUUUACCUUUACAAAUCCAUUGAAAACUUUAUAUUGUUUUUUUUUUUCUGUUUUUUUUUGGUUUUAAAAAUCAAACUACUUUUUUUUAAAUUUUGUGUUUUUUGUUGAUUCUGCUUUUACUGUGUUGUAGUUUAGUUAGUAUUUAAUGACACACAUGUUGCCAAAUGAUGUAAACAAUAAAUAACUUGAAAUGAAGAGAAUGUAAUUUAACAGAAUGGAUGUUAUUUAAAGAGAUCAUGGUAAGAAGAAAGAGAAGCUGAUGAGGAAUUUGGUAAAUGUUUGUUUUUGACAAUAAGAUGAAUACCCUAAUUUUACGUGACAUCAGUGUUAAACGGCAACAAAACAAGAUUUCACAAGGCCGUAUAUUUUUUCAAUAAAUGUUUAUUGGUGUUCUAACUCUUUUGUACAAAAAAAAAAUGUGAACUAUUUCACGUUCAUCUUAAUUAGUAGCUUUACUAUUGGGUUUAGUUAAUGUUUACUAAGGUAUUCAAUGUAUAACGACCAUAUUUCAUAUCUCAUAAGUGGAUGAUGAGAUUUUUCUCGGUAUCUUUUUGAAGGUUCAUCAAAUAGAAUAACCCACUUGAGGAAUUUUUAAAAUUUUGAGAACUGCUUGAUUCAUUUCAUUUAGAAUUUUACAUUGAAGUCUAUGGGAAGCGCUUGCUUUAUUAAAAAUAUUUUUAACAGAAAUUAUAUUUUCAUACAAAUCUCUCAGUAAAAGGUUACUUACACUUUCUCUUUGUGGAAAUAUGAAAUAAAAUUAAUCAUUUAUUGCACAUAUUUUUAGAAAAUAGAUUUUUUUUUAUUCUUACAAAGGGCAGUUAACUCUUCAAGAGGAAAGGAUCAGCUUCUAAUCAUUUGAAUUUGAUCUGCUUCACUUUCAUCAUUAUUCAACAAUAGAUAUUUAUUUUGAUUUAAGUCAUUCAAAAUUGUUCAUUAUCCUUUCGUUAUACAUUCAAUACAUUAAGAUAACACUUUCUCCAAAAAAAAAUUCUCAAAAACUGAAAAUAAGUUUGAAUUGCCAUCGCGUCUAUACUAUUUCCAAGAUAUCGUUCUAAACCACUUCCCUAUUUAUAGAAUUGAUUUGGUAAACAAACAUUUUAGUGACGAAAUUAAUUUUACUCUGUUUUAUUGCCCACUGUUGUUUUAACAGCUGAAUGAAAUGACACUUGUAUCAGAUGCUUUAUGUCUGUUGUAAUGAGCUCUGUACUUGGAUUUUGAAAUCAUACUGGAAGAACAAAAAAAAAUUGUCUGUGUUAUUUUGUGUCUAAAUGGUUUUUUUUUUCUUUGUAUUUAGGGAGGUUUACAAAAUUCUUGCAUUGUUUCAUAGUGGUGUGCUGAGCAUGCUGUCAUGCAAUAAAAAGACUACUAUGCUAUAUUGUUGCUGAACAAAAUACAAUAUUCUUCAUAUUAAUUGGAAAUACUUGUAAAAUUGCUUCAUUUAGUCAUUGGUCUAUUUUUAUAAGCCAUGGUACAGUGAACAUUGUCCCCUUUUUUGUUGUAAACACAUUUAAUAAUUAUUCAUAUUCAAAUAUUUAUGUUCAUUUUCUGCACCGUAUAUAAUAAGCAUUAUUUACAUAACUGAGACAAAAAACCUUAGUAUUUAUUCAUCAGCUAGUAUUAAACUAAUGGGUUUUUGUCUUCCAUGGCGUACUGGUAAUACUAAUAAUUUUAUAAUAGUAAUCUUAAUACUAAUUGGUAUAUAAUUUACGUUUAGAAAGGUAGAAAAGUCAGGAUUAAGAUAAUUAAAGUGGAAAUGAAUGUAUACAGGUUUGAAAGAUAUUUCUUCACUUUGACAAUGAAUGACAUGUGAAUGUGAAUUUAAAAUGUUUAUUGUUUAAUCGUAUGCCUUUGUUUAAUUGGCUAUGCAAAUCUUUCCAGAAUUUUUAAAUGUAGACAAUUUUUAUGGCCAACAUGAUAUAUUUUGUAAGUUAGAUAAAUCAGAUAUACAUAUAAAUUUUUACAGCCUAUUGAUCAGGGUAGGGGGUGGGGGACAUUUGAAUAUUUCUUUAAUGCCUUCAUAUAACUAAUUGAAUAUGACUUGAAUGUAUAAGGAACUAACUUUUGUGCACAGUAGAUUUGAAAUAAUUUAUGUUUUGUUGCAAUUCACAAAACAUUUAGUCAGUAUGCAAGACCAGUGUCCCAAAACAUGACAAAAUUUGAUCUCAAUUCAUAUUGCACGUUUAGCAGAUUUAAGUUUUUAAGACAAUAUACUGUGUCAGCAGUUAGAUCUCUGUGUCCCAUUCAAACUAAUGGGACUUGUCCUGUGUUCAACACCAUAACUCCCAUAGAUUGUUCCAGUAAUGUAUACCCUAUGCACUACAUCUGUAAGAAUCAUUCAAAUUAUGCACAUGAAUAUUCAAUAUUUGUUUUGUGUUUGGCAUCUUUUUGUACACAUGCAUCUAUUUAAAGGUUGGAAUAUCUGUCUUGUCUAGUCAAAAGUAUGUAGAAAAUGUAGAUUUCUUCCUUCAGUUUGAAAGAAAACCAUUUUGAAGAAAUGCACAAGAAAUUAGUAAGGCAUAAAAUUAUGUACAAAUGGACCCUGUUCAUAUCAGAUUACAGGAUAGAAGAAUCUAUUAAUUUUGAUUUUGCACUGAUAGUUUUCAUAUAUGAUUUAACAAUUCAUUAAUUCAUAUUAAUUUUACUUGCACCCAUUUUAAUUCUUGAAUACUAUAAAUUUUGUUUGGAGGUAAAAUCAUGAAAUUCCCUUUUAAGAAAAUGAUAAUGGUUUAUUUGCAUUUUUGUGAGGAAGACUGAGAAAAUCAUGAGUAGCAGGAAUUGAAUAAUGUAAACUUUUCAAAAUAUUUUUGUAUGAAGACAGCAAUAGAAAAAAAGUUGCCGUAAACAUCAUUCCCAUCAAUAUCACCUCACACCAAUCUCCAGUCAAUAAACGAUUAAAAUAAA